AGCGUUGUUGUUUUUUCGUUCAAAAUAUCAUUCGCGAGCGUUGACGGUGCCUUCUUCCUUUUCUCGUGCUUCAUCACCGUGCAGGAAGGAACAGAACAGAAACUUUUCUGUUAGUAGAGCUCAACAGCAGAACGAAAAAUAAAUAAAUAAACCAUGCGGCCCUUUUUAUCGCUGUGGAGGCGGUGCCCCACCGCAGCGACGGUGACAGCGGCAACGGUCUUUACCAGCACCAUUGCUCAUCAUCGCUGCUUUGUGCGCAGUCGUCAAGAUGUUACAGAGGCAGAGCGACAGCAUCUCGAGCAGGAGUUGCCGCCGCGCGAGCUGCUACGGGAGAUGCGAACCUCGGACCGGGCGCCCGGCGAAGACGCCGAGGACGACAUCAAAGUUCCAGGCGACUCUUUUGGCAUCAUGCAAAAUCGAGUAGCGUUUUACAAGCCCAUACCGCGUCAGGUGCCACCUGGACCGUUAGGGGAGCUGAUGCCUGUCGGCACGCACCCCUACGAGGCGUACAACCAGGACACGGUGCGGCUGCUGUGCAGUCGUUAUGGCGUGAAGGUAGCGGACGCCGUUAAGGCCCUGCGCGAGGCAAAGGGUGACAUUAACCUCGCCACCGAGCUGCUGGAGCGGUGGUUCGACAUCGAGGUCGGCUUCGGCAGCUACGGGGUGGUGUGCCUGGAGUCGUACGCACCGGAGACGUUCUGUUUGGUCUCGUUUAACCUGCCCACCUACGCAUCAACGCAAAACGACGAAGUGCUGGAUGUCAUUCACGAGCUGACUCUGUCGGCGGCGGAGAUGCCGCUCGACACGCCGCGUGGCCGGCUCGUCGAUAAGUUCGUGAACCACUGGACCACUGAAGACGACGUGCCAUGCGGGGACGUGCUGAAGGCCUGCGAUAUCACCGUGCAGAGCAUUCUCCUGCUCCCCUUCGGCGACUACGGCGUGCAGGGAUUUCACGUGUUGAAGCCGGUAAAGGACGAUGCACCGAACAUCGGCCUGGCUGCCGCGGCUUGCUGCAUGGAUUUGCGAACCGGCAUCCACAACCGCUUUCGUUUUCACGUGGAGCGCAUGGCAGACUCGGUCAGCGAGCACGUGUUGCAAGAAAUGCUGCACUACAACCAGGGCGUGCACGUGCUGCGCCAGCCUUACUGGUUUCGCCCUGAGUACAGCGUGGAGGAGUUCCUCCGCUUUAAAGAGUCGCUGCUGCAGCCGAGUGCGUCGACGUUUGAGAUGCGCUACGCUUUCAUGUUUGCCCCGCAAUACGGCCUCCCACACUACCGCAACAUCGUCGAGAUGGAGAAGCUGAAGAUUGCGCAGCACAAGUACGAGAAGCACUACGAAGACUUCACCGCGCCAGGGAAGUGGCUGACGAGCGACAACGCGCAGCUGCAGACGGUGGCGGCGGGCAGCGGGGGGUCCAACGCUCCGGGAGGGGCGAUGCACAACAACACGAACAACGUCGACUCCAUUCGAACAGCGAUGGAGACUCGCGCUGGCCCGCUGCGUCGCACGCUCGAGAAGUCGAUGCAGGCGCAUGGCGAUCGCGUAUUUAACCGAUUCUACCGCAACAAUGCACAUUGA